GACGCGCUGCAGCGCUGCCGCGGCACCCUCGGCGGCAGCCUUGGUGUCAGCGUCGCCACGCUCGACGUGCUCUCCCAGAUCGGCUCCGAGGCGCCAGCGCCCGGGGCUGGCCGCGACUGGUGGCACAUCUCUGCGCACUGCGACUCCGACAGCGGCCAGCUCGUGUUCGAGGACGGCCUGGGAGGUGCACACCUGCUGCCAACGGCCGCGCUGGGAGUGGCGCUGCGUAGGCCGCCCCUGGGCGUGGUGCUGCUGGCCUGCUGCAGCGAGCAGGCGGGCAGGCGCCUCGUCGAGGGCGGCGUGCCUUUCGUGCUCGCCACCGUAG